UUGCUUACUCUGCAACCACACCCAAGGCAGCACGGUAUGCUGGGCUCCCGCCGGGUCCUUCUGCUGCCAAAUGGGCAAUUUGCAACCAUUGUGGGUUUUAUUUUAGAAAGGGUUUGGUUUCAGACCACUGAAAAUAUUAAAUUUUAAUUGCUCGUUCGCGUGCAUGGAAGCAGAGGGAGAGCAGGUUGGGUGCAAAAACGAAUGGUGGUGAAGCACUGAGCUGAUGGAAGAGGAACAACAGAGGGCACCAGAGCCUCAGCCGUUCUGAAGAGGAGGUGGUAAAUGAAGCAAUUUUGGGGAACAAGAGCUCAUUACUGCGCUCCAGCGCUCCUGAGCUGUCAGCAGCAGGCUCCUGGGCAGCUCUGCCCAGCACAGCAUCACCCCACUCAGCAUCACUCUGCACAGCACCCACACCCCUGGCAUCUCCUGAGCAACUGCAACCUGCCCGAGGACCUGACCCGAGGACAGCCCCACAAGAAGUAGAGACUGCCCGCCAUGUCGAACUGCACAGAAAUCAGCAGCGCGUUGCAGGAUCGUGUGAUGCUAUUUCAGCUGAUUGUCUACAUCCCAGUCCUCGUUCUGGGGCUCCUGCUGAACACCAUCGCCUUCUGGGUCUUCUGCUGCAAACUCAAGAGAUGGACUGAGACCCGGGUGUACAUGAUCAACCUCAUGUUUGCAGACUGCUCCCUGCUCUUCACCCUGCCUUUCCUGAUAUAUUUUACCAAGAACAAACAUCCCAUAGACAAGCUGUGUUUUGCCAUUGAGGUGAUACAUUUUACAAACAGUCCUAUGAGCAUCUUCAUCAUCAUGCUGAUUGCCAUCGAUCGAUACAUUGCAAUCAAGUUCCCUUUGAAAGCAAAAACUCUUCGAUCCCCACUGAAAUCAGCCUGUAUCUGCGGGUUCCUUUGGAUAAUGCAAAUAGGUUAUUCCUACAUGAACAUGGUUUCUAAACAGAAGAAUGAACAUUUUUGCUUUCAGAAACAUUCUACUCAGCCUGCAUAUUUAAUAUCAUUCUCCAUUUGCUUUUGGUAUUUUAUUCCCCUAUUGACCAUAAUUUUUUGUUCCAUACAGGUCAUCAGAUGUCUCAGAAAGAAGAUGGCCAGCAGCCACCAUGAGACAAAGCUAAUCCAGAAAGCGAUCCACAUUAUUUUUGUCAAUCUGUGUGUGUUCAUCUUAUGUUUUUCACCUAUCUACAUUGCAUUACUUCUGCGACUCGCAGCGGAGCUAGCUGGAGCUUGUCACCUGCUUUCAAAAUUUAGGGUUUCUAUUCAGAUCCUUUCAUGCUUAGCCAAUUCCAACUGCUGCCUCGAUGCAUUCUGCUAUUACUUUGCAGCCAAGGAAAGUCAGGAAUUUCCCUCUCUGCUCCCCACUUGUAUAUCAUUGAGGUCUAAGAUGAACCAAAGCCAAGAGUCACAGCAACCCACAGAUCAAGUCACACCAUAGAAAAAGGACAGUGCACUAUAGACAUUAAGACCAAACUGCUGCACAGGUUCUGAGGCAGAGGGAAUGGGACCACUUGCAAUUGCUCUGGUAUGGGCAUUUCUGUAGAAAGGGGUUUGAUAAUAACUUGAAUUUUGUCCUGCUGCUCUCACACUUAAAUGCAGCUCAGAUCAUUGCCUUCAAUAAUUGCAUCACAGGUUCAGGUGUCUCCUUGUCAACAGAGAGAUCCCCUGGUACAGAGAAUAGCUGAUAAAGCCAUUGUUUUGACCACGCACUUUGUUGUACAUACCAUGCAGCUUAACAUAAGAAACUUAGCACUGUUACAGCAAUGUAUAAAGCCACUCCUACUACUGUAAUUUUUGGUCAUUAAAAUAAGGGAAAAGCUACUCCAGUACAAUGCCUAGCCUAAUACAUCUGUGUCAAAGGAUUUGCCUGGUUUCUUGCCCAGCUGCAAAAUCUCAGUGCCUGCAGCUAUCAGCAGGAUGCUGGCUCUCAUUCAAUCUGACUGGCCUGUAGCUCCACUGAUCCUUCCACCGGCUGUUGUGGAUGGGCAUUGCACUAGGUAACCUCCAGUCAACUGCAGUCUCUCCAGUUGGCCAGAACUGCUGGUAAGUUAUUGACAGUGGCUUGGUGAGCACUUCUGGCAGCUCAUUCUGUACCUUAGUCCACAAAUGUCCAAUCUUUUGACUUGCCUGGGCUGCACUGAGUGAAGAGGAAUUGUCUUGAGUUGCAUAUACAUAGGUUGCACCAAAAGUAACAUCUCCUAUUUAUUUUCAUGGAAAAAACACCUACGAAGAGCACAGUAACACUAUUUGACAGAGCAAAUUCUCAGCUACAAAACACUAUUUAUCAUCACAGUCAUCACCAUCAGUCUUGCACUGUCACCAGCAAUGAACAGGAGCCUGAAUGCCACAUUCCCCAAAGCACCUUCAUGGAGAGAUCUCCUCCAAGUCCAGAGGAGACAUGAUCAGACUUUUCACUGAGUUGAAUGUCUGAUUGCAACUCUAUACAUUUCAUUUGAAAAUUCACAGGUAAUGUAUUUAUGCCAAUUGAAAAUAGAAUUGUGAAUAUAUCAAAAACUUGAAGGUUUUUUUCAGCAAUCUUGA